GCGCGAGAAAGGUAUGGGUAAGACUAUAUAGGCAUAGAACGCAGUCAGGUAUCGACGACGGUUUCUGCGGUAAUUGUCAACAAUAAUGCAAACAUUGCGAAAUAAAUAUCAAAAUUCUACUUUUAGUCAAAUACCCAUGUCGUUGUCUCUCAAUGUUGUGUCUUAUACUAUUGCGAUGGUAAUUCCGAAUAGAUUAUUAAUAUUCAAUUGACGCACGUUUAUUAAGACUUCUUGGUCCUAAGUCACUUUCCUCUACACUAUUAACUGCGUCUUAAUUACCACAAAACAAUAAAACAAGCUGGAUAUUUUACAAAAAUACAAAAGUAAUCGUUGGUAGGUUGAUCCUCAAACGAGGAAAGCGUAUUUUAAAAACCUAUUGUUAAUUACGUCCCUCUCAAAGUCUAUAGAACGGUAAAGGCACGGUCAUGAUGUGUAUUGCACUUAUGGGAUUACUUGUCCGUACAGACAGAGAGAAGAAAUUUCUUCUAAAUGGUUCAAAACACGCUCUAAACUACGAGUCAAGUCGAGGAAAGCGUUUCAAGGCACAUACUUUUAGAAACAAUAGGAGGGUGGUACAGAUGGAAAACGUAGCUGUACCACCGCCAGGUAAGGUUACGUCAGAUGAGUUGAAAUCAGAGCGACCGCUAGAAGCGUAGCCUACGAUAAGAUUCAGUAAUACACAAUGAACCUCCUA